UCCACCACUCGUUCGACACAGGCUGAACGUGUGCGCGAGCGGCAGCGUGCACCUCUGAUCCUCUUGCUCCACGCCGACGCCGCCCGUGCCUUUCGCCCACGCGCCAGCCGGCUUCUCGCGUCACGAUGGCAGGCGACACCUCUCCCAGCCGGCGGGCGCAGCAGCCAGACAGUGCUGCGCCAAGCAGCACCAGCUCCGAGCCGGCCGGCGCGGCUCCAGCUGCCUCGUCCAACGGCGUACCGCCGCGCCGCGACCCGGGCCUGCGCCUCGGCGGCUUCACGCAGCUCAAGCACGACCUGCCCGACUCGGACGACGAGCAGGACGGCGACGGGCCCUGGCGCACGCCCGUGGGGCCCGUGACGCCGUCGAUUGCCGAGACGGCGCAGCAACUGCGCCGCUCGCUCUCGGUGCACGGCCUGCACGAGCUGGCGCAGAACCCCAAGCAGCUGCGCUCCAAGAUCUGGCGCCCCGACGACGAGCAGGCGCGCAUCCCGACUGAUGCGGAGCGCACGCUGGUGCACAGCCUGCGGGGAGGCAUGCGGGCCUGGAUCUUCGCAUUCGGCUGCCGUGGCACAGUCAUGCUCCUGCUGGCGCUCGUCAAGGCGUUCCGCAGCAAGGCGUUCCGCGCCAACGGCCUCAUGCUGGCCUACUUCGGCCCUGAGAACGUGCGCUUCGCAUCGAUGUUCGGCCUCUGGGCUGCGAUCUACAAGGCGGUGCACAACACGCUGCGUCUCGUGACGCCCAUGCCGCAGCGGCCGAGCUCGCGCGCCGGACGCAGCGAGGGCAAGAAGCCGGCGGCCGAGCCGCGUAGCCAGCACGGCAGCCCGACUCGCAGCGGCACAGCAACGCCGCGCAGCGGCUGGCAGGAGUUGGAGGGCAAGUCGUCCGAGGAGCGAGCCAAGCUGCGCGCAAAGCAGGAGAAGCGCGCCUUCAUGCGGGAUCCGCGCUCCAAGGUCUGGCACGCCUAUGUGGCCGGCGCCGUGUCUGGCCUUGCCAUCCUCGCCGACAAGAAGGAGAACCGCAUCGGGUUGGCGCAGCAGCUCGUCGUGCGCGGCCUGGAGGGCACGUACAAUCUUGCUCACGGCAAGGGCCUCGUCAACAUCCCGUACGGCGCCGUGCUCGCCUUCGGCCUGGCAUGCGGCCAAAUCAUGUACGCCUGGCUGGACGCUCCGGAGACGCUGCCGCGCGGAUACAUGACGUGGAUCACAAACGCCUCCAAGGUCGCGCCCAUGUCGCUGAAGGUGCACAAGGAGAUUCCAAACGUGAACAGCAACGACGUCUUCAAGCUCUUCCCCGACGGCAAGUUCCCCGAGGCGCUGCCGAUGCCCAACGGCAAGCUGCGCUACCCGAACCUGCCGCCGACGAAGCACAACCGCCGCGGUAUCACCGGCCUCAAUGCCUCGCGCAUCAUUGCGUGGAAAGAGGCCGCAGACCGGACGAACGGCGCCAGCGUGGCUGAGCGGCCAUACGUGCCGUGCGCUCUCGUGCACCCAUGGGAGGACAACCACAUCUGGAGCCCGGUCGACCGCUUCGUCGAAGUGACGCGCUGGAUCCUGCCGGUUUACUCGACGCUCUACUUUGUGCCCGCCGUCUUCCUGCGCAUGGGCUCGUUCCGCAAGGACCCUGUGCGCGUGCUCUCGCGUGCCGGCUUUGGCGCGCUCCGCUCGUCGACGUUCCUGGGAGUCUUCGUCAUCAUCUUCCAGACGCUCUUCUGCGGCGCGCACUCGCUGGUGGACCUCCUGCAGAAGAAUCCCACCACGCGCAACCGCGUUCCCCAGUGGCUGCUCUUCCUCCUUACGCGCGGCCCGCUGCACUGGGGCGCCGGCUUCCUGACGUGUCUCUCGCUCUUCAUCGAGCACGAGCGGCGCCGCGCCGAGCUGGCGAUGUACGUCAUUCCCAAGGCCGCCGAGAGCGCCUGGGCUCUCGCGCGCCGGGCGUCCUGGGUGCCGUUCGUGCCCGGCGGCGACCUGCUGCUCACCUCCGCCGGCAUGUCACUGGUCAUGGGCACAUACGCGCAGAACCCACAGCUGCUCUCCGGCCUCGUGCGGCGCAUUGUCUACCAGUUUGUUGGCCACAACUAGACAGCACGACCCUUCUCCAGCACGACUCCCUGCCUCACGUCUCCAUUCUGUGCUCUAUGUGCGCCCGCAUCCGCCAUGCACUCGCGUGUGCGCGUAUACUACCCUCCAGCUGCUCGAAAUGCACUGCUCGCCAUCCGGAU